AAAUUCCGCCCCCCUCUGCUUCUAUUUUGCGCUUUACAUUUUCAUUUCGUUUUUUUUUUUUUUUUUUUUUUAAUUUAUUUCUUGUCUUUCAAAAUUUUCUACUUCUCUCUUUCUCUCUGUUUCUCUUCGAGGAAUUUUCAGCAUAAGCAUGUUUCAGGCGCUCACUCAGAUCUGAUGUCUGUCUCGGAAUUUCAUUUAAAUUUUCAGUCGCGGGUUAAUGAAGCUAGAUGGUUUUUCAGCUGGGAGCACAAGAAGCUCCAGUGAUCUCAACUCAUCAUUAUUGACCAUUCUUAUAAAAGGUUUCUAUCCUAGAAACGUUAUAAGAUAUUUAAAGUAGUAAUUUUUUUUGAAGAUCUCCUGGUUUUGGUGCUUACGGUAAGAUGGACAGGUCAGACACAUCAGGCUUUGUUAGUGGGGGAGGUAGCUUCAUAAAAUUUCUCAUUGUUCUCUUAGUUCGCAUAUGAUGACCUGCUAACUGUAUCUGCUAAAAACCUACCCUCUACUUGGUUCUCUUACUCUCUUACUGCUACUAUCAGUAAAAUGGAUCUGAACAAGAAGAAUUUACCGUUUUCUCAUGAUUGUGAAUUAACAAAAAAUGACAACAUUGGUGAUACUGCACUUUGUUUGAAUUGCCCUGGAGUUGGGGGAAGCAAUCCUUCUAGAUAUAGGUGUACUGAAAAUAGUCAUGGGGUUAACUUUCCCAAAGCUCCUGAUGAUGGCUGCAGGUUGGUACUUGGACUGGGCCCAACACCAAGUAUAUACAGUGAUGAUUAUUACGAUUUUACACUCAAAAGGAGUAAUGCAUUAACAACCAAUUCAUUGCCCAAGGCAUUGCCAUCUGAGGGUGAUGCAAUCCUCCAACUUGGCCUUUCUGGAGGGAAUAAGGAAGCUUCAAGUGUGCUUGAUUGUUCAGUUUCUGCUGAGACUGAUGUUAAUACACCUUAUAUGCCCCAUGAGUCAACUACUGGAGGUAACAAACUCUUGAUUCCAGUUGUUGACGAGGGUUCUACCUCAGCAAAGAAAUCAGGAGGGUAUAUGCCGUCACUUCUUCUGGCUCCAAGAAUGGAAAGAACCAUGGUCUCAUUGCAGACACAAGAACUUCUAGAGCCUGGGAUAAGACCUCUGUUGACCCACGAACAAUCUAAUACAAUGGAAUACUCGAUAGACACCACCUCUGAACAGGCAACUACUACGACAUAUUCAGACCAGCGAAACAACAAUUCUAAAAAAUGCAAAUUUAUGGGCUGUAUUAAGGGAGCACGAGGGGCAUCAGGUCUUUGUAUUGGUCAUGGUGGUGGACAGAGAUGCCAAAAACCUGGGUGCAACAAGGGUGCCGAGAGCCGAACUGCCUUCUGUAAGGCCCAUGGUGGAGGAAAGAGGUGUCAGUACUUAGGUUGCACUAAAAGUGCUGAGGGGAAAACAGAUUAUUGCAUUGCUCAUGGUGGUGGCAGGCGAUGUGGAUAUCCAGGUGGAUGCACCAAGGCUGCAAGAGGAAAGUCAGGGCUUUGCAUCAGACAUGGUGGGGGAAAGAGAUGCAAGGUUGAUGGUUGCACACGCAGUGCAGAAGGACAGGCUGGUUUAUGCAUCUCACAUGGGGGUGGACGUCGCUGCCAGUAUCAGGGCUGCAACAAGGGUGCGCAAGGCAGCACCAUGUAUUGCAAGGCGCAUGGUGGAGGAAAGCGUUGUUCAUUCCAAGGAUGCACCAAGGGAGCUGAAGGGAGUACUCCCCUAUGCAAAGGGCAUGGUGGGGGAAAGCGCUGUCUCUUUAAUGGUGGUGGGAUUUGCCCCAAGAGUGUUCAUGGUGGCACAAACUUUUGUGUUGCCCAUGGUGGGGGAAAGAGGUGUGCUGUUGCAGGCUGCACAAAAAGUGCUCGUGGUCGGACUGAUUGCUGUGUCAGGCACGGUGGAGGUAAGCGGUGCAAGUACGAUAACUGUGGGAAGAGUGCACAGGGAAGCACAGACUUCUGCAAGGCUCAUGGUGGGGGGAAGAGAUGCAGCUGGGGAGAAGGCAAAUGUGAGAAAUUUGCAAGGGGCAAGAGUGGUCUAUGUGCUGCUCACAGCAGCAUGGCCCACGAAAGGGAACAGAGCAAAGGAGGAGGUCUUAUCGGACCAGGACUCUUUCACGGUCUUGUUUCUGCUGCUUCAACUGCUGGUAGUAGCUUUGACAAUAAUCAUUCUUCUUCAGGAAUCAGUGUUGCAUCUGACUGCAUUGAUUCUCUGGAAAGGUCACCACCAAAUAGACAGCAUCUCAUCCCCCCACAGGUACUUGUUCCUCUGUCCAUGAAAUCUUCGUCAUCUUACUCGAACUUCUUGAGCGUUGAUUGGCCAGAGGAAGGAAGAAACAAGUAUGGGGCAAGUCAUGGUAGCAGUAGCAGUGGGAGAAAGAGCUUGGAGUUUUCAAUUCCAGAGGGGAGGGUCCAUGGUGGACCUCUCAUGUCAUUGUUUGGUGGUAAUCUGAACAAUGCAAUUGAUGGGAUCUGAAUCUGAAGAUUCAGUCACUUUGUGAAAUUGUAGAAUAUUUUAGUUUCUGGGACACAUUGGUGAUGAAAAUUGUGUAUAUUGUAUUAUUUGUUUGUUCGGUGACUCUCGUACAUAAAGUUUUUGUUGAUAGGUUGUGGUAUUUCAUUGUGAUGUAAUGUGGCCCUCAUUCAUCAAUACAUUGGUUAUGCUGUUUUCGAUGCA